AUGGCCGCACCUCAUGUUCUCCUGGUUGCUGAGUCUUGUGUCGAUCGCCUUGUCGCAUCAAGAGUCCUAAACACUUGUAACAUUCAAGUGACUGUCGUGGAAGGUUCAAAGCAAGCGUUGAAGUUCUUGGAAAUGGAACAUGAUGUGCAGUUGAUUUUAAUGGAUUACUGUAUGCAUGAUAUGACUGGUUAUGAUCUUCUGGUUGAGGUGAAGAAAUCACCCAAGGUUAAUCAUAUCCCUGUGGUGAUUACAUGCACUGAGGACAUCCCUGAAAGGAUAAAAAAGUGCCUUGAUGGAGGUGCAAAGGACUAUAUCAUCAAGCCUAUCCAAGCUGCCAAUGUGCCUCACCUUCUGAGCUACAUUUGA